AUGACCCAACUGAUAAAGCAAGGAGCCGAAGCGCGUGUAUUUGAAGUGUCCAGUUUCUUAUCGAUUCCUGAAGGAUGUAUUGCCAAGGAGCGAUUCAAAAAGACGUAUCGCCAUCCUGUGCUCGAUCAACAGUUAACUACCCGACGCGUAGCCCAAGAGGCACGUUGUCUUUACAAAUGUAAAAAGGCCGGCAUGGACACACCCGCACUCUACUUUGUCGACCAGGACCGCUCCACCAUUUACAUGGAGAAAAUCGUCGGUCUCACUGUCAAACAACGGCUACUGGACAAUCAAUCCAAUCAAUAUCAAGACAUAGACCUCCCACAACUCGCAGAAAAGAUUGGUGUUGCGUUGGCCAAGAUGCACAGUCUCGAUGUGAUCCACGGUGAUCUGACCACUUCCAAUUUGAUGCUUAGAGACAAGAACGAGUCGUUGGUGGUGAUUGAUUUUGGUUUAAGUUACGUAUCGACUUUGCCCGAAGACAAGGCCGUCGAUUUGUAUGUGCUGGAACGCGCCUUUUCCAGCACGCACCCACAGACAGAGCAAUUGUUUGCUACUAUUUUGUCCCAUUACAUGAAAUCUUACAAACAGUCGAAAGCUAUCAUGAGCAAAUUGGAAGAUGUACGAUUACGAGGUCGCAAACGAAGCAUGGUCGGCUAA